CGUAUUAUCCAUGGUGUGUAUGUUAGAAAUAAGUACGUGUUUGGUCUGUGACUUUGAUCUUGCAAAUUCAUCGCGUUUCAAAUGUAAACUUCAGUAUUAAAUUCCGAUUUUUCUCUUAGGUUUUGAAAAAUCGUAAUAAGUUUCUCCUUUUAAAUUAAUUAAUUAAUGAAACAUAAUUAUGGACGUAGACAACGAUAUAGACCAAACUCUUCUGCAGCAGUUUAGUUGUCUGGGUACAACAGAUAGGGAUGAAUUAGUAAAGCAACUACAAAUGUUGGUCGGAAAUAAUUUGAAUGAAGCUGCGGCCGCAUUCUUUUUGGACAUGAAUAACUGGAAUUUACAGGGUGCAGUUUGCUCUUAUUUUGACUUUGAAUCUCCACAUAAAUUGCCUUCAAUGUCGUUAGUGAAAGAUAUCACUAUUGGGGAAGGUGAAAGUAUACCACCAUGUACAAAGUUCACCAAGACCUGGCGAGUGCAGAAUAUUGGUGAUGAGAUUUGGCCACUGGGAUGUUGCUUGCAGUUUAGUGGAGGGGAUCAGCUUUGUGCUGCACAGCGAAUACCAGUUCGGCCUGUUGGUCCUAGCUGCACCAUGGAUUUGAAUGUUGACAUGGUCAGUCCAGAGCAGCCAGGCAUCUAUGAGAGCAAAUGGAGAAUGUCAACUCCAUCAGGUUCAUAUUUUGGAGAUGUUAUCUGGGUGAUACUGACAGUCGCAGAAGGUGGGACAAUGGCUCUUACACAACAGUUGUCACAUUUAAGUGAACUUGGUGCAUCUCCCCGUCUUGAUGAAAUGAACCUCAAUCCAUUUGGACCAACCAGCAGACCUUCUAGUCAGACCUUGUUUCAGGAUUCUGUUCAGCAGACACAAGAUGGUGAUACUAACAUGAUGUGUUAACAUUUACAUCAGCCAGGUGUGAGUGAGAUGGAUGAAGAAUAAUGAACUCUUGUACUAGGGAUGUGGAAGGUUUGUGUGAGAUAUGUUUAUGUCUAGAGACUGGACCAGAGGAAUUUUGCUCUUCACUUUUAAGUAUUACAUUUGCUGUCAGUGUUUAGAACAUUUAAAAUUUGGAGUUAAUGGAAUAUCCCAUCAUCAUUUUUAGGUUGUCAUUAAUCACAGUUGUCCAGUAUCUUUUGUAGUCUUAUUAUCUGUGAAUAGGUCAGAUUGUUGUGUACAGAUGCAAGCAUUAGAGUAUUCUCUGUUUUGCUUUUGCAAGGCUGGAAUAUAAUUGUAGUUCGUGGAAUUUUUUUUUCUUAUACUGUUGGAAUAAAUUGCAUUCUGGCUCAGCCUUUCAUUUAACUGUUUUGAAACCUGUUAAUUCAUGUUGUAUUAAAUGUCCUUUUCUUCACCAUGGCAGUCUUCUUCCAUGUCUAUGAGACCAUCUUAGCAUUUCAUGUCAUUAAGUUAUGGUGAGUUAAAUGUUUAUAUGCCUUGUCACUGGUACAUGUCAAUAGGAUUCUAAAAAAUGUUUAAUGUUUUCUAUUGUGUGUGUAGCAUCCUUCCAUUUACAUUUAGGAAGAUUAAUAGUAUGAAAGGUUUGUGUUCUGUAAUAUUCUUAACAUGCUAGUUAGACCUAAAAAUGGAAAUAAGAAUGAAGAUGGUGAACUUAAGAUGAUCUAAAGAUUAGUUUUCUUGAAUUUGCUGUAUUGGCCUGAUUAUAAGACAAUAUUUUUUAAUAAUUACACUGUAAAUUCAGUUUCCAUAUAAUCACCUUUUAUUAAAAUACAGAGUUUCUUCUUCCUUAUGACUUCCAAGAAUGGGGAUCUCCUUAUAUUCAAGUUCAUCUGAUUAGACCAAUAUGAUAUAUUCUUUGUAGCCAGGUAUAUUGUUUCAGGAUAAAUCCCUUAUUUUCAAUCAAAGUUAUAUUUUUUAUCAUUCAGAUCUUCUGGGAUGUACUGCCAGGCAGUCCAGUAGAAGUUCCCAGUAUUUUGGAGGAAUGUAUUGCCUUCAUCUUCAAUGUCAAAGAGUAAGCCAAGAAAGAAACCAGCCAGAAGUAUGUUCAUCCAAAAUGUUAACUGGACUUCUAUUGGACUGCACUGUGUUACAUCCCAGAAAACAGUACUCUUCAUAAUCACUGUUGUGAAAACCUCAUAUCCAAUAGGAAGAUCAUAUGUGUCAGAAGUUAUCCCAAGCUUCUGCAGUAUGUAAAAUGACCCAUCCAUAAUUAUUCUUUCAGUUGAAUGAAAAAAAUAGACUGCCACCAAAAUUAUCAGUUGACUACUGUUCAGUAUGCAUAUUGAUUCAUUUAUCCAUGUAAUCUUUAUUUUUUCAGACGUUCAUUGAUUUCAGAAAGAGACUUCUGUCAAGUUUGUUUUACAAAUUUAUUGCAUUUACCUUGGAACAGAAACAUUCUGCUCUGUACUUAUUUUCAUAACACAUCCACAAAUAUUAUUCUCUUCUCUAGGCCAUAAACUUGCAAUCUUUGUGUGAAACAAAAGCCCUUGAUGAUAUAAAUAUAUGGCUAUAAAAUGUGUAUGGCACAUUUACUUAUAUAAUUUUCGCAUUCUGUGUGCCAAAAUUUUAUCCUUAAACUAAGGAUGACAAAUACCUUGUUUGGUGAAUUGGAUUUAACACAGAAUUGAAAGGAUUGAAAGAACUGGUACAGUGACUCCUUGAGAUAUUAUAAUAAAGGCUGUGUGUUUAUUUUUGAACUCUGCAUGUACGGUGAGUGUAUAGUCAGAUGGAAAAAUAGGAUAUUCCUCCUGUCAAGUCAAGCUGACCCGUAAUGCAUAAGUUUACUUCCUGGAAGCGCUGUGUACAACUCACUGCAGAAGUAAAUGAUGCUUUCAUGACACUAUUGAGUAUAAAAUCCAAUGUAAGAUUUUCUCACCCUUUUACCAAAUGAUAGGCAUCAGCGUUGGUUGUACUUGUAUUAUUCACCGACAUUUAAAAAGAAAAGGCACAACAAUAAAAUUACAUACUUAGCAAUAGAUAAUGGAUUAUUAUUUUGUUUAAAAUUUCUUUACUAACUGAAGAGGUCAUACAGGAUGAGCUUUUACUAAACUGGACAUGUAAAUUAUGCAAGGAAAAUCGAAGUCACAAUCAUAUUUUCACAAACUAAAAUGGGAAAGGUAUGCAAGGGCUGAAAAAUUACUUGAAUAGAUAUGAUAUAAUGUAAUAACUAUCAGGAUUAUAGGACACAAUGUCUGUUAGCUGUACCAGUAACAUAACAGCAUUGGUAGGCCCCUCCAGGAAGUUGGGAUUCUGGAUCUUUGAAUGCUUUUGGACUGGUUAGUUAACUGCAUUGAUAUGACCUUCAUUAACAUCAUAUUAAUAUUCUAAUUUGUAUACUUCAUUAACAGUUUAUUCAAAUGGCAUUAACACCUCGUUAAUCUUAGCCUGUUAAUUCACUGACCUCAUCAGUUCUUAUGUAAAAGAUUUCAUUUCUCAUAAAAUGUAUUUUGGUUAUUGUCAAGUUUGUGUAAUAUACCAGUUAUAAUAUA